AUGACCAUCGGAAAUUUCGAAAUAGUUAAGAAGGGAACGAUAACCCAAGAACUUGAAAAGACUGAUUACGAUCAGAUUUGGGGAUGGAACAAAAUUGUUCCAGUCGCUAUCUACACUCCAGUUCAAGAAUUCAUCUACGCCAAUGUCGAAACCCAUCCCGAUGCCCCGGCUGUAUGUUCAUGGGACGGAAACCUAUCAUAUAUGGAACUGGAUGAUCUCUCUACGCGACUAGCAAAUAUAUUGGCGGACCGGGGAGUUGGCCCUGAGGUUAUCGUCCCGUUAUGCUUUGAGAAAUCAGCAUGGACAAUCGUCGCCAUGCUCGCUAUUAUCAAAGUCGGAGGUGCAUUUGUGCUCCUUGACGCGAAGCAACCCGAAUCUCGUCUUCGGGACAUUGUCUCUACCACCAAAUCCAAAUUCAUGAUUGCUUCAUCUGCACAGCAGGAACUGGCAUCAAGUCUGCUGUCUGAUGUCAUAUUAGUUUCCCAUGAUAUCCUUUUAGCGAUGCCAAUCUUGCCCAGUCCGACUCCUAAAGUCGACCCCGAGUCUACUCUUUUCGUCGUAUUCACAUCUGGAAGCACUGGGUUCCCGAAAGGCGUGAUGAGUUCGCAUCGAAGCUUCGUCUCAGGAGUGCACUAUCGAAGACCAAUUCUAGAAGUUUCUUCUCUACGUGUCUUCGAUUUUGCUUCAUACAGCUUUGACGUCAGUACAGAUAUCAUCCUAUCAACGCUCAUGAUUGGUGGAUGUAUCUGUGUUCCGAGCGAAUCGGAGCGACAGAAUGAUGUUGCCGGGGCCAUCAACCGUCUUGAAGUAAACUCGGCAGAUCUGACUCCUUCUGUUGCACGCCUAAUCGACCCCGAUUCAGUGCCUGGGCUCAAGGUUCUCAAACUCGGGGGUGAGCUUAGUAGUGUUUCUGAUGUUGCACGAUGGGCCCCGAAGUUAAAUUUAGUCAAUGUAUACGGUCCUUCUGAGUGUCUAAUUAUCACCAUCAAUGUGUUGACCGAGGAAAGUGACCCACGAACCAUUGGAAGAGGCCAUGGCGCAGUUACUUGGAUAGUUGACCCUAAAGAUCACAAUACGCUUGUGCCUGUCGGGGCAACUGGAGAACUUGUUGUUGAGGGCCCUAUUGUGACAAAAGGAUAUCUCCAUGACUCCGACAGGACAUCAAAAGUUUUCAUCGACGCCCCGAAGUGGCUACAAGAGGGCCGGGAUAGGGAUCAACAAUCUAAAAUCUUAUACAAAACCGGCGACCUCGUCUAUUACAAUCCAGACGGAACCCUCAACUUCGUCGGUCGCAAGGACACCCAAGUGAAAGUUCGCGGACAAAGAGUCGAGCUUAGUGAAGUCGAGCACCAUAUCCAACAACAGCUCCUUUCAAAAGGGAAGUGUGUUAACCCCAUUGUUGAUCUGAUCACAGUGGGAGACACCCAUAGUCGUCAGACUCUAGUCGGAUUUUUCGCUUUGAGUCAAGUCGAGGCCGCAGAGCCGGAGGAUGAACAGCAGCUACGACAGGCCAUGUGGGACUUGACCAAAGAUCUCAACAUGUCUCUUCUCAAGACCCUACCUCAAUACAUGAUCCCUUCGGUAUAUAUCCCCCUCUGGGAGUUCCCUCUUAACGCAUCUGGCAAAACCGACCGACGAAAAUUGAAAGAAACUGGCUCGUCAUAUUCACGUCAAGAACUUGUGGCCCUCAGAGCACCCCCAUCUAUGGCCAAGAGGGCUGUGAGGAGUAAGCUGCGAGCACCUCCUCGCACUGUUAUAGAACAGAGGAUUCAAAAAUUGUGGUCCGUUGUCUUGAAUCUUCACCCAUCUGAAAUCGCGAGAGAAGACCACUUUUUCCAGUUAGGUGGGGACUCGCUCAACGCCAUUCAGCUUGUGGCUUUGGCGACGAGUAGGCAGCUUGGCCUUACCGUCGAGGCUAUAUUUCACAAUCCGGUCUUGAGUCAUAUGGCCAUUGUUGCUAAGCCGCUGUUAGAGCACCAAAUGAAUGACUGA